AUGGUCAGUUUAAACAAAUUUAAAACUCACCACAAUAAUGUCUAUCUUGGUCAUCCACAUCAAUUUUGGAGGCUGCGCCAUCGUAGGGACAUGGAAACCCUGAUAAACGUAGCUGACCUGAAGACGAGUUUGGACAAAGUUUCUUAUGAUGCUCUGCACUUACAAAAGGCUAUUAUAAAUAGGACAAGUGAAAAGGUCAGUAAACUUUUGAAUCAAGAAGAAAUAAGACUUUGA